UUGUACACCAUACCUCCCACAUAUUUUGUUCGCAUAUGUAUAUUGCAGCUGCCGUUGCUGUUUACCAGCUGCUAAUAUUUUCUAUAUUAAUUAAUAAAAGAAAGCAAUAUUUAUUUUGAAAGUAAAAGAAAAAAUAUUUAAUUUAUGUGAAAUUCGCUUAGAAAAUAUUUUAAUAUUAAUUCCAUUUCGCGUUAAAUUGUUUUGUAAGCUACUAUUGAGUACUUUUUAAGUAACAGCAGACGGAUGAAACGAAAAAGUCAAUAAAGCGGAACUCAAAAUUAUUUGUAAAGUAUCCCAUACACACAUGCCAUAGAAUAAAUAGAGUGGACCUGGACUUAUAUAUAUUAAUUUAUAAAUCGCUAGUUAAGAGUUUAUAUUCAGAAUUACUGUACGCAAUAUAUAUACACGCCGGUUACUGGGUGUAAUCAUUAAGCUGAGUCAAAGAUAACCUCAUAAUAAUUGACCCUCCUUGGUGAAUUUUCAUUUCAACUUCUUUGCCUGACAUGCGACUUUCUCAAAAAUAAGCACCUUUAAAUUGAUAUGGAUCGAAGUGUGGACUCGAUUGGAAGUUGUUCACUUGAUGUUGAUGCCGAUUCAACAGAUGUAUCAGAUACAAGUGGAAGCAUGAAUUUUCCAACACCAAUUUCGGUAAAGGACAUCACUAGAGAAUUUACAACAAAUAUACGAGAGCGUUGUGCGGUUCAAAAUUUCCAUGAAAAUAUUAAAACCAUCGGACUUGAACAAAAAAUGGUUUUAAAGCAGCCUCUUGGAAACGUAAAUAAUACAAGUGCCUUAUUAAAUUCUUCAAAUCCACAUUCGAAUAAGAUGAUAACUUUGACUGAUGUAAGUCCGGAUAAAAAGCCAAGUUAUUUGAACCUCGCUUGCUGUGUCAACGGUUAUUCUAAUUUAACAACUUAUGAUUCUAAAAUACGACAGGAUAUAAAUAAGUCUCGCGAGGUAUCGCCGAUACGUCCGUCGUCAAAUUGUAUUCAGUAUUGUAAAAAAAGUGAUUCUUUGGCGCCUCCAAUUCUCUUAAAAAUGGAUGAUGGGCGUGGAGACGUUGCAAAUAUGAAGCCAAAUUUGUCAAAUGGCCAGUGUAAUAAUUUUGGAUAUAAAAAACCAGAAAAUAAUAAAUAUGAGGACAAUGAAUCGCACUUUCAGGACGGUCGCCGAAAUACUAGUUUUAUUCAACAACGAGUUGAGCGGUUAUAUGGACCUGCUGCUUUAGCUCAGCGCUUUUACAGUCCUAAGAAAGUACGCAGUAGUAAUUUUACAUGUUCGCCUGCUCAUGACCUCGAAGAUGCUAGUUCAUCUGAAUUGGCUCGUAAAUUUCAACAACUUACACCAAGUAAAGAUUACACAGAAUUUAGAAAAAAAUUAAGUGCAACCACAUCAAAUUGUCCACGUCAAAUCGUUUCAACUACUGAUAUUUCGAAUGUCAAUAACAAUAACGUUGAUUUGCCUGUGUUUCGUCAUUUGAGUCAAGAGUUCCGUGCUCAGCUACCAUUAGUAUCGCCAAAAAAGUAUCAUUCAAGAAAUUCACCAAACAAGAGUUCAAGUAUUGAAAAUGAUACCACUGCUAUUUCCCAGAAAAAUAAAGUAUUAAUAGAUGAGGUUGAUCGUAAGGAAGUAAAUUUCAGUGCAGACCAAAUAAGCAAUAAGUAUUCUAUAAAUGAGGACAACACAGAAAAAAAUUUUACUGAGGGAUGGCAAAUAAGUGAUGUCAACAAUACAUGCACAGAGAAAAACGGAACCUAUUUUCUUCAAUUGCUGAGAAACGAACAGAGUCGUCUCUUAGCAUUGGCUGAUAUAGCGGAACAAUAUGCUAUCGAGUUGUCGGGUAACCCCGAAAUUUCUGAAGAUACCUUAGGCUUUUUGCGCUCAGCCUAUGGCAAGGCUCGUUUAUUAGUAUCACAAAAAAUGAAGCAAUUCGAAGGUCUUUGCCAAAAUAACCUGAACUCAUCUCCUGACGAUAAGUUUCCUACUACAAAUGAUGAUCUUCAAGGAUUUUGGGAUAUGGUGUAUUUGCAAGUGGAUCACAUUAACUCAAUAUUUGAUGAAAUUAAUGUACUAAAGGAAAAUAACUGGAAGAAAUCCGAUGAAAUUAUACCUAAGGAAAAGACUAAAUUAUCAAAACCUCAACCAAAAUCCACAAAGACUCCAAGCCAAAAGACAAAGUCCAGUACUACUAAUGGAAACGAAUCUAAAGAAAAGUCAUCUUUGUCGGCCGCCGCUUUGAAAAGAGAAUCGCAAAGAAAAAUGCUGCUGGAAAUGAAGCGUAAAAAUAAAAUCGCUUUGUCUGCUAAAUCAACUACCUCUGAUCUAAAUUCUGUUGAACCGAAUGUCGAAAAUGUGGAUACCGUAGAGAUAUUUGUCAAAAAUAGCAAAUGAAAAUUUGUUAAUGAUUGAGUUGCUCUUACUAAUCUUUACUAGUCCUAUAACAAAAUCAAGUGAGCCGUAAGCCCCAUGACAAACAUACAUAUAUCAUCAUAAAUAAAUCGCUUUGACUAAUUUUUGUUUCAUAUCAAACUGAUAACGAACUUAUACACCAAUAAUACUCUCUUUUGUAGGCUAAUCAUACAUAUUUAUAAAAGCAGUGUGCUGUCGAAAUAGUGAGGUAGAAGUACGCAAACUCGAAUAACUUUUUAGUAUAUAUAUGCUUUUGAAAGAUUCUAAAUCUGUUAGACGGAAAAUGCAAUAUAAAUCAUCCACUUCUCUUUCGCUUUAAAAUAGAUUAUAUCGAGCCAAAUUCAUAGUUUUCAAAUUAGAUAAAUUAUAUUUACUGUUACAAACUUAGUGCUACUAUAAAUUGUUUGAACUGGUUGACAUCUUAUAUACGCACUGUACAUACAUUUUUGAUAUUUUUAUAUUAAUGGAUUUAUCAUAUGAAUUUAGCGUGUUUGUCACAUGAUAAUUAUUAACUAAAAAAGACAUUUAUUUUAUUAAAAUUUAAAA